UUCUUUUUUUUUCACUCCUUCCCUUUCUUUUCUUGCUCCCUUUCCAAUUUUACUUCUUACCCUUCCUUGACUGCUCGAAACGAGCAUUCUUUUUCACAUGCUCUCUUAACGAGGGUCAUUUCUCAACUGCUCGCAACGAGCAUCUAACAUGUUCAAAAACACACAUAUAUACACAGGCUUAUAACCAGCAGGAAAAGUAUAUUCAAAAGAAGUAUAUCUUGACUGCUCGAACAGGCAUCUUCUUUCGACAUGCUCACAAGGAGUAUUCUUUACAUGCUCAAAACGGGCAUCUUUCUUCUACAUACUCACAAACGAAUAUCUUUAUAUGCUCAAAAACGGGCUCUACAUACUCACACCGAGUAUUAUUUACACGCUCAAACGAGUGUAUCUUUACAUGCUCAAACAAGUAUACCUUCACAUAGUCAUACAAGUAUCUCUUUACAUGCUCAGAACGAGUAUAUUUCUACAUACGCAAGGACGGGCUCUACAUACUCACAAUGAGUAUCUUUACAUGCCCGAACGAGUAUAUCUGCACAUACUCAAAACGAGUUUAGAUGCUC